GACGUCAUUGCGGUAAGAGCAACGCAUCGUCACUUCUCCAAUUUCACUCUCAUCUUUUCCACUCGACGAGUAAACAGAAGAAGCAUCAGAUCUCGAUAUGGCUGGAAAACAGCAGAAUAAUCAUCGUACUCUCCCCAGAUUCAGAUCCAAAACCCUAAUCUUAACACUCAUCAUCUCCUCCUUCUCUCUACUCGUCAUCCUUUUCACCUUCCCUUCCUCUCCGAACCCACCGGUCCGGAUAGAGACGUCCUUCGUCGCCUCGCUUGAGCAGUUUCUGAUCCACAAGGCGCCGAAGCUUAAUCCACCGUUGAGAGACGACACGGUGCGUGGCGAGAAGGAAGAUGAUGAUGUGAGGAAGGUCGAUGAAAUGGUGUUUGAGAGAGAGAAUCGGUUGUUAGACGAAGAUCCGGUCGGGUAUCCGGUUAAGGUUUACGUGUACGAGAUGCCGAAGAAGUUCACUUUCGAUCUUCUCUGGUUGUUUCACAACACUUACAAGGAGACGUCGAACGCCACCUCUAACGGUAGCCCUGUGCAUCGCCUAAUCGAACAGCAUUCUGUUGAUUAUUGGCUCUGGGCUGAUCUGAUCUCUCCUGAAUCCGAGCGGCGUUUGAAAAGUGUCGUGAAGGUUCAUAAGCAGGAGGAAGCAGACUUAUUCUAUGUUCCGUUUUUCACCACAAUCAGCUUCUUCUUGUUGGAGAAGCAGCAAUGCAAAGCACUCUACAGGGAAGCAUUGAAGUGGGUCACUGAUCAGCCUGCUUGGAAAAGAUCUGAGGGAAGGGAUCAUAUCUUCCCUAUUCACCAUCCCUGGUCUUUCAAGACCGUACGCAAAUUUGUGAAGAACGCAAUCUGGCUUUUACCAGAUAUGGACUCCACUGGGAACUGGUAUAAGCCUGGGCAAGUUUCACUGGAGAAAGACCUGAUUCUUCCUUACGUUCCAAAUGUUGAUCUAUGUGAUGCCAAAUGCUUGUCGGAAAGUGCACCAACGAGGACCACACUUCUUUUUUUCCGAGGACGGCUUAAGAGGAACGCUGGAGGUAAAAUACGAGCCAAGCUUGGUACGGAACUAAGUGGUGUCAAGGAUGUAAUCAUCACUGAAGGGACUGCCGGAGAGGGAGGGAAACUGGCAGCUCAGGCCGGCAUGCGUAGAUCUUUAUUCUGUUUGUGUCCUGCCGGUGACACACCAUCCUCAGCGAGACUGUUUGAUGCCAUUGUUAGUGGCUGUAUACCUGUUAUAGUCAGUGACGAGUUGGAACUUCCUUUUGAAGGAAUACUUGAUUACAGGAAGGUUGCUGUGAUUGUUUCUUCUAGUGAUGCAAUACAACCAGGGUGGCUUGUCAAUCAUCUGAGAAGCCUUUUACCCUCCCAAGUCAAGAAAUUCCAGAAUAGCCUUGCUCAAUACUCGCGGCAUUUCCUAUAUUCAAGCCCUGCUCAGCCUUUAGGCCCAGAGGAUUUGACAUGGAGAAUGAUAGCUGGAAAGCUGGUGAACAUUAAGCUUCACACGAGGAGGUCACAACGGGUGGUGAACGGAUCUAGGAGUAUUUGCAGAUGCGAUUGCUGGAGAGCAAACUCUACAGCCUCCAAUUCUUUGAGUCAUCUCUUGUCUUAAGAAGAUCUAUCACUCCACUUUUUUCAAGUCUUGAAAAUCCCCCAGGAUAUGUAUAUGCUCCAAAAAGGCUGUUGAAAUUCUUAUCCUUUUCAGUCUCAUCAUUGGUUUAAUGUAUAUGCUCA